AUGAUUUCCACGUUAAAGCUGGCGAUAUGCAGCGUGCUUUGGCUUCCAGGUCUACUGGACGCCAAGUCAAUGCUGAACAUCAUGGAGAGAGAAGAGAUGGUUCCAGUGGGUCGUGUCAGCCUCGACUCUGAAAAGGCCCAUGAUUUUCUGAGUCAUUCCAGACCCAAGCGUAACGUGGACCCCAAGUGGUACCGGAACAACCCAGACUUCCAGGCGUACUACCGCUACUACAGCAGCAUUGGGCACACUGAAGGGACACUAACUCCGUCCCAACAGUGGCUGUACGAGACCGACAAGCUGCGCAUGCUGUACCAACAGAUGCGGCACCUGGAGCACGUCUACGGCCCGGACGCCUCCUACUACCAGAACAAGCUGGGGCUGCCCGUGCUCUGCGACCCGGCCGUGGACAAGAAGUGCAAGUUCCUCCCCCCUCCUCCGAUCCCCAUCAAAGGAAAGCUCCCGGAGCCCCCAGUGACCGCCCCUCCGCCUCCUCUGGCGUCCCAGGCCGACGUCAUGUACCUCUGCAACGCCAAAGACCCCAUGUGCAAACCCCACGUGGUCUACCUGCCCACUGGGGCCGUUCCCGUGCUGUGUGACCCCCGCUAUCACCCCCACUGCACCCCCCAGAAAGCACCCCCGCCCGUCCCCGUCAUCCAGCACGUCAAAAAGUCCGCUCCACCUCCUCCACCUCCGCCCAUGCUGGUGAAGAAGGUACUCCAUCCUGUGCACCUGGUCAAGGGCAUGGAGUACGACUGUGACCCGUACUGGGACCCGGACUGCCUGGUGGACAACCCUCCUCGGCCGGUCAAGGGUAAGAUCGUGGUGGUGCCUCCUCCCCCGCCUGCUCCCAAAGAGGAGAAGGUGGAGGAGCCGGUGGAGGAGCCAGAACCACCAGCGCCCAUGGCCAAGAAGGUUCCCCUGUACCCGUUCCCGUACCAGUACUACUUCCCCAAGGCCUAUGACCCCCGGGACGAGCUGUACGACCCGGCCCGCUUCCAGUACCCCCAUCCAGCCGACCCUGCGGACCAGCCCUCAGAAGAUGCAGAAUAG